AUGAACCCGGCCUGGGUAACUCGCCUUGCCAUAAAAGUGGAGAACACAAUGCAGCCCCCAAUCACUGUGCCGGCGGGGAAGCUUCAUAAAAUUUCCCCCAAUUGCUCCUCCUCAUGUUGUAGAGUCAGUGUAUAUGUAGACAUCAACAACCUGAAGAGGGAGGAUUACCAGUCACACGGACCCUCACUUACACCACAGUCUACUCCUCUACUUGCACCACAGUCUACUCCUCCACCUGCACCACAGUCUACUCCUCCACCUGCACCACAGUCUACUCCUCCACCUGCACCACAAUCAACUCCUCCACCUGCACCACAAUCAACUCCUCCACCUGCACCACAGUCUACUCCUCCACCUGCACCACAAUCAACUCCUCCACCUGCACCACAGUCUACUCCUCCACCUGCACCACAAUCCUCCCUCCACUGCACUCCACCUGCACCACAAUCCAACUCCUCCACCUGCACCACAGUCUACUCCUCCACCUGCACACAACAACUCACCUGCACUCCUCCACCUGCACCACAGUCUACUCCUCCACCUGCACCACAGUCUACUCCUCCACCUGUUAAAAUAUGCACAUGA